AUGAUGCCAUGGAUUGUCGGUCUGAGCAUGAAAGCUAACAUCAUCUCUUUCCUCACUGGAAUCGGACACGAACGAUUGAACGUUCUGCACCGAUGGCUCGCAUAUCUUUGCCUACUUUCCAGUCUAAUUCAUACCAUUCCCUUCUACGUCACACCAAUCUGGUCUGAGGGCGGUUUGGAUGUUUUCCAAUCGGCUUUCGGCAAUUCUGGAAUUUACGUCUACGGAUCUGGCAUUGCGGCACUCGUGCCCCUAAUCUUCCUCUGUGUGCAUUCUUUGCCUCCGCUACGCCGUAAGAUGUACGAGUUGUUUGUGGCGUUGCAUGUGCCUGCUUCCAUCGUCUUUAUCGCCAUGCUCUUUUGGCACUGCAAGAAUUUUCUCACCUCGUGGCACUAUCUGUGGGCGACUACGGUCAUCUGGUUCGUUUCGUACAUUGUUCGCUUGUUCUUCCUCAACUGGACAAACUACUUUCGGCUAUCAUGGUUGGUUGGCGAAGAGGCGGCUGUCACAUUGAUGCCUGAGAACGCCAUCAAAGUCACUAUUCCAACACAGGUGAAAUGGAAGCCUGGUCAAUAUGUUUAUCUCAGAAUGCCCGGCAUCUCGGUGUUCGAGAACCAUCCUUUCACCAUUGCAUCUCUAUGGAGUGAUGACUUUCCAUCUCAGUAUGGCGAAGAGUAUAGGGACAUGGUCCUGGUUUUUAGACCUUUCGGCGGCUUCACGAAANAAGUCCUUGACAGCGCGCUGGAGAAUGGACCUUGGCAUACCUACCGCGCAUUCAUUGAUGGGCCCUAUGGUGGUAUGAGAAGGAGCAUGGACUCAUUCGACCACGUCGUCCUGUUCGCAGGUGGCAGUGGCAUCACAGCCUUGGUAUCUCAACUCCUCGACCUGAUCAAGCGGCUCAGAGACGGCAAAGCGGUAACAAAAACCGUCCAAGUAAUCUGGGCCCUUAAACGCCCCGAAACACUCGAAUGGUUCAAAGAAGAAUUGCGCAUCUGCAGAGAAUUCGCUCCUCCAGAUACCGUGCAAUGCCAAUUCUACAUUACCGCUGCGAAGAGGCAAGCCAGAACUGGAGCAUUGGUUUCCGCACAAACGCCCACAAGGCCCAUUAGCAUGAUGUUCCACAAUAAAGUCAAUGAGGCCUUUCAAAAUAUUGCGCACAACAGACUCUCCACCAUCUCGGCCAACACAAACAGAAACUCCGCCUUGAUAAUGGAAGAAGCAGCCGGAGACCCAGAACGAGAAAAGGCACUCCGACGCGAAAACGAAGAUAGAAUCAGACCACUGCCACAAGCACAUUUAUUGCCUAUGAGAAGUGCUUCUCGGAAUGGGCGUGCUUCCNCCUCCUCCUCCUCCUUCCUCACCUCCCCUCACACUAGCAGAAAAANNCGACGAUCUCAACAAAUAUCCAUCCCACUGCCAGAUCCAGUCAACACACCAGCCUACCUCCACCCCAGCACAACACCACCCCAAGAAGCAGACUUUGACUUUGGCUUCNCCUCCACACCCACAGAAUUCCAAAAGAACCUCAUGCGCUUCGCUUUCCUGCCCGCCGCCGUAAAGUCUACGAAAUCAGGUUGGAGUACUGAAUAUGGGCGUCCGGAUAUCCCAUUCAUGCUGAGGGAAAUGAGUAAACAGUGGACAGGGCGGAGGACGUGUGUGUUUGUGUGUGGGCCCNCGGGGAUGAGGGUUGAUGUUAGUAAUACGGUUGCCGAGUUGCAGAGGAGUGUGUGGAGUUUGCCGGGGAGGGAUGAGGUGUAUUUGCAUGCGGAGAAUUAUGCGAUUUGA